AUGUUCAGCAGCAGCAGAAACCAUCGGCCAAGUGAUAGCUUCUCAUCUCGCUAUGGAACAAGCAAGGCAACCAAACCUCCCAAGUCUUCCUAUCGUGAGCACUCAGUUUCUCGAGGUUUGCAAAGAACCGAGUCCGUCAAAUCCACCAGGCAGGAGCAUGCUCAUCAGGCGGCUCCAGCCGUGGGAAGCACUCUCACCUCUGCAAUAAUCACCAUCUGCGUCGGAAGUGAGCAACGAAUCUUCGCUGGUCAUGAGGACAUCCUACGUCGCUCACCCUACUUCGAAACCUUGGUCAAGAGUCAAUUCUUUGACAAUAAAGAAAGAAGAAUCAAUUUGCCAGAUGAACAUCCUGAAAUCCUCUCCGCUGUGUUGGAGUUUCUCUACAAAGGAGAUUACUAUCCCAAGCUACUACAUAACAAGAGAAAAGACACUUGGGAACUUGAGGAUACACAGAAUGACACCAAGACUACCAUCUUUCAUCCCGUCGCCAAGCAGACCUUGAUGAGAGAUACCGUAAUCUAUUGUUCUGCUCAGCUGUAUGGCCUCGAUGAACUUAAACGUCUUGCCCUUCGCAAACAAGGCUUGCGAAAUGGCAUGCAAAUCUCCACCAUCCUAGCUUCGGCUCGUUGGGCAUAUGAACAUACCCCUGAUAGUGAUUCGAAGCUUCGAGCUCAAUACCUCACACUCAUCAUCCGUAGCCGCAACAACUUCAAGAAAAGCGGCACCAUGAAGCUGGAGAUGGAGCAAGGCGGCACCUUGUUCUUCGACUUGUUCGUCGCCAUGUGCAAUCAUAUCGAUGAUCUCAAAACCGUCCGCUCACCUUUUGCAUCGCCAUUUACUCGCUAG